ACCUCCUUAUGAGCGUACUGGGCGGUGUGCUAAAGCGUAGCUAUAGAUGCUGAUUUUAGGUUGCCACGUCAACGAAGCUGUGAUGUUUAAAGGAGGAAGAUUAUAGCAGAUGCAUUUUCAUCUCUUCUGGAUCUAAGGAUUACUGUGCAUAAAUGUUUCUCGUAUUACUGAACGCGUUCUGUUCUAUACUUCUGGGGUAUUCAAGCGGGGCAAAACUGCCCGACCCCGAAGUUAAAAUAGAGGUCCUGAAAAAACCGUUUGUGUGCCCGAGGAAAUCCAAGUAUGGAGACAUGCUUUUAGUUCAUUAUGAUGGCUAUUUGGAAAGUAAUGGCACACUUUUUCACUCAAGUCGAAAACAUGCCAAUGGCCAACCAGUUUGGUUCACUCUUGGUAUUGGAGAAGUGAUCAAAGGUUGGGAUAAAGGAAUGAAGAACAUGUGCAGCGGAGAAAAAAGAAAACUAACAGUCCCUUCAGCUCUUGGUUAUGGAAAAGAGGGCAAAGGGAAAGUACCACCAGAAAGUAAUCUUAUAUUUGAAAUUGAAGUGAUGGAAAUUCGAAAUGGACCUAGAUCUCAUGAAUCUUUUCAAGAAAUGGAUCUUAACGAUGACUGGAAACUUUCCAAGCAGGAGGUGAAAGAGUAUCUAAGGAAAGAAUUUGAAAGGCAUGGCUAUUCUGCAAAUGACACCCAAAAUGAAUUUAUGGUUGAAGACAUUUUCAAGAAAGAAGAUGAAGACAGUGAUGGUUUCAUAUCUGCAAGAGAGUUCACAUACAAACAUGAUGAACUGUAAAGGAAUAUCAUAAUUAUAGAAAGACACUCUGCUGUUCAAAAAUUGAUUUUGACUGCUGAUACUUUAAAAGCCUGGGUGUAAAAUUUUAUGCCAUUUUAAAUAAAAAAAAUUAUAAUAAUUUUGAA